AUGGGCAAGCGCCAUGUCGUCCACACUGGUGGAGCCUGCAAGAACAGCGGGGGCAGCAGCCCAAAGGGAGCCAUUGGCGUCCAUUCUGCUCGCAGCAACAUCUCCGAGCGUCUUCCUGCUUCAAUGGGACGCCACACCAGUAGCAUGGCCGAGCAUGCUGCCAUCAACCGCGGCCUCAAGUCUGCACCCCACGACGGCAAGCCCGUGGCGAUCAAGACUGACGCGCAGAGCUGCCAGAAGACCUUGAGCGGCGGGGGACGGGCUCAGCAGUCCGCGUCCAGCGGUGGUGGUAACAAGUCCGGGGGUGGCAAGUCUGCCGAGCAAGCCUUGGUGAGGGACACGAUGCGCGAAGCUGGUCAGGGUAGGUCGGAGGGACAGAAUGUCCACUUCGAGCACGUCAAGAGUGGGGGCAGCGCGGGGAAUGUUCUUGCUCACGAACUCGCUCAGCAGGCCCUUCAGCCCGGGCAGGCCCGGUCUAAGCCGACCAAUGGCCAUUAG